CGUAGAUCACCUUCCCUCCCCAUUACCACACAGAGUGACCUGCAGAGACUGCGCAUUAUCCAUCAAAUCGAGCUCAUCGCCAGCACGUAGCGUCGAGGUGAUUCAUCUUGCUCUUGUGUGAGUGAGCAAGCAUGGCGUGGCGGUGUCACGGCAAUACACAUCGAGAGCUCAUCGACAACCUGCAGAGAGCCGGGUGAGGUGGCACACAAAGGGAGCGCCUUCAGAGAUGCGUAUCUGGGAGAGACGAGGGAUGGUGGCCGCCGACUCUGUGUGUGCGUGUGUGUGAUGGAUCAGGCUGCUCCGCACUCCCCGGGUUAUCGAAGCCAUGAAGAAAAUCGACAGAGGUAUGCCGAACGGACGGGGUGCUCAAUGCCGCCUUUGUUCUCGUUCGUCUCUCUUUCACCGGGAUGUCAUGUGCACGUACAGGUCACUUCACGGUAGAGGGUCCCACGUCGGCCAUGUCCUAUCGCGACUCCCCGCAGCCCAUCGGCUACAACGCCACCAUAUCGGCGCCACACGUGGGAAGCCACCCAGACACCCAGUCACGCCCGAGUCCUGAGUGGUUGUGUUUGCCGUGCCGGCAUCUUGUUUGUUACGCCAGAUGCAUUGCGAGAUGAUUGAGCUGCUGGAGGGCCACCUGAAAGACGGAGCAGUGGCGCUCGACGUGGGCAGCGGUCAGUCAGCCUGUCUCAGUCAAGCCAAGACACACGCGACGUGCGAGGACCUUUCUUGCUUGGUGUCGGUGUUUGUCAGGUUCUGGGUAUCUGACGGCUGUCAUGGCCGAUCUGUGCUCGCCUACAGGUAGAGUAGGUACACACACAAACACACACGAACGAACGCGGCGGAUCACGGUGGUGCAUCCGGCUGCCCGUGUCCGUCCCAUGCUUCCUUGUGUGUCAGGCCGCACGUAUGGCGUGGAGCACAUCCCCGAGCUGGUCGAGAUGUCGCAGGCCAAUGCCGAGAAGUCAUGCCCACGACUGCUGGCUAGUGGUACGACCGACCAACGACACAUGACUUACACAUGUCAGCACCAAGCAACCAUCCCACCCACCUCAUGUGUGUGUAUUGACCUACCUGUCUGUCUGUCUGUCUUCAGGCUGCCUGAAGUUUGUAGUGGCCGACGGGCAGAUGGGCCUGCCUGACGCCGAGUGCCGGUCGCUCAAGCAGGAGGGCAAGGAGAUGCCCCUCUUCGACGCCAUACACGUGGGGGCUGCCGGUGAGCGGAGCGGGCCAAACACGGGCGAGAGGAGACCCCAGGAGGCCAAACACGGGCGAGAGGAGACCCCCCGCUGGGUGGAUGCACCUCUCUCUCUCUGGCUCUUUCUCUCUUGGUGUGUGUGGGUGUGUGUGUCUGUGUGUGUGUGUGUGUCAGCUGCUGCGAUUCCCGAUAGUUUGUUGCACCAGUUGAAGCCGGGGGGUGUGAUGGUGAUCCCGGUCGGGCCAAAGGGAGGCGACCAGACCCUCAUGAAAGUGCGUCACACCACCAACAUACACAGGCCGGCCGGCACCCCCUGCAAAAUGGUGAUGUCUGUGUGUCUGGUUGAUCAGCUGACCAAGGACGCUGCCGGCCGCGUGCAUCGCGAGAACAUCACUUCGGUCAUAUUUGUGCCUUUGGUAGAACGAACGGCCGGCCACCACCAACACACUCGGUGUGCCUAUGUCAUGUGCUCUCAUGGUGUGUGUGUGUGUGUGUGUGUGUCAGACGAGCAAGGAGGCGCAGCUGGCAGACGACAACUCGACUAAAGUGAACCUGCUGAGCCUAAUGCUCUCCUCGCUCAGAGGCCAAGGAGAGUAGUUACUACACAGAUUGGUGGAUGGAUGGAUGCCUAGAGGCCGAUGCGUAGAUGAAGGGGCUCUGUCUGCCUGCCUCUCUGCCUGCCUGUCUGUCUGCCUGCCUGCCUCUCUGUCUGUCUGUCUGUCUGUCUGUCUGUGUACAUAUAGCAGCGAGUGGACGUGGGCAUAUAUCUUUUUGCCGUACGAGUGAGUCGGUCUUUUUCGGUGUGUCGGCGUGUGUGAGAGACGUGACGUGUUUUUCGUUCGUUGCAAUGCAUCCAUGUCCAGCUGCCGGUGCUUGUUCGGACCGGCGAAGGCGCCUGGCAUGGCAACACUGCUGCCAAGGCACCUUCGCCACGCCGACACAAGCACACAGGCAGACGGUCAGUGAGACCCACGUGUCACGAAAAAUCCGCACAACAGACUCUGAGAGUCCGCGAGUCAAAAAUCAAG